GCCGCUCGUUUUUUCCCCCCACUAGUGUUCUCUAGAUGGCUGAUAAAACGGUUACAGAACAAUACUUAUAAAUACAAAGCGUUGAAGCCUCUGUUAUACAGAUUUAUCCCAUCUUUGUAACAGUGAUGGCAGAACCGUCGAAUCCUCCUUUCGUUGAGAACCGCAUACGGGCGCUUUUAUUUCUACAGAAGAAGAAAGACAUGCCUUACGAAGAAUGGCGCCAUUAUUGGAUGGGGGAGCAUGCUCAGAUCGUUCUAGGAGUUCCAAUCGUUAGGAGGAAUUUUUUGAAAUAUGAACAGCUUCAUGUGAAUCGAGAAUGGAAAGAAAGACUUCGUCAAAGCCCCGGAAUGAGAGUACCCGAUUUCGAUGGUGUAGUCGUGUUGGAAGGAGAGUCUUUGGAAAAGCUCGCAGAGGUCACCCAAGACCCCGAAUACAUAGAAAAAGUGGUUGCCGAUGCAGUGAAUAUCUUCCAACUUGAAAAUACUAUCCAAGGAGCCUUCAACAUCGCUGUUAUCGCGGACAAAUCGGCCAAAGAUGCCAAGCCCGUAGUCGGGUGCUUCAUUCGAGAGGACGUUGGGAGGGUACUUCUACCCCUUCACAGGAAAGAUGGAUCUAGUCAUGCGGAGUUCAGUCAACAUUGGUUGAACGUCCAUGCUCCGCUAUUCAAACAUCUACUGGCUACCAGUGCCUCUAUUUCGAAGUACGAGCAGCUUCACGUUCAACAGGGAUCGGGAGUCUCGCCCGGGAGUCCUUUGGAUUGGGAUGGAGUCGGCGUAUUCGAAGCGAAGUCACUUGCAAAUGCUAUGGAGGUCUUUGCGGAUGAGAGGUUUGUCAAGAUUGCGACGGAGGACGGCGCCAAGUUCGUUAGCGAUGGCCAGUCCGAUAUUUUUCCUUGCGACGUGGUAACGUUGAUUGAUAAUUGAAGUAUGUAUGUACUUGGAUUCACGUAUAUCUGGGUUUCAUAAUUGUCGUUUUAUUCUCGAAACUCAGACAUUCUUUCUAGAAAUCGUGAUAGCCCACUGAAAGACAUUCUUGGCAGAAGCGCCGGGCAUUCAAGUGUGGUCAACAGACUGCUUCUUCCAACCUUUCUCCCCGAGCUUCCCCCCGAGCUUGGUAUCAUACGGCAAUCCUAAUAAUACCGAAUGUUCACCUCAUCUGUACCAGGCUACCAGCGCAUGAAACGGUGAUUGAUUAUUCGCUGCCUGCAUGCUGAUAGGCCCGGAGCUAUAUGUCGUCCGAUCGAGUACUAAAGUGUACAGAGUCGCUGGGGCUCAGAAUGCUUGCGUCGAUAUUACGGUACAGGGCCGGAUGCCUGUGGGAGCCGUGAGACGCAGAUGGCGCCGAAUCCAAGUCGAAUCUUAGGUGCUCGGCCUCUUAAUUUAUGAUAAGUGUAUUGGGGAGGAUCACGGCUGUUCAAUUCCUACCUCCACGCACAUAACCCAGCCCGACUUGACCGCGCUCCCUACAAUCGUUUUUUUCGUGCAUUGCCGCGUUUUUCAAUUAGUAGUGCGCCUUUAAUGUUCUCUUCAUCAACUGACCCUUACUGGUAUAGAAACAUACCUACUCAAGCUACAGCAGGACGAGGUUAGUUGAGAACAGAUCGCUUUGAAGCGCAGAUAAUCAAACUGUGCUUUAAUAGAUAUUGAACUACAUAUAAUAUUAAAGAAACAUUAAACUAAA